AUGACCGAAACCUACGAUGUCGCUAUCGCGCCGUAUUGCCCGCUCGGGUCUAUCGCCUUGGCCGCUUGCAUGCAGGUAGAUCUGGCGACGCCGAAGUUUGUUAUCCAGGAGAUGAGCCUGGAUAUGCAUUAUAACACCGAGGCUGGCGAGUAUGCUAUAAACAGCUACAUAAAGAAUCCUGGUGUCUUCGAGAUAAAGAACAGGCACGUCGAUGCUCUCACAGCACCUGGCCUGGGGAUUGAUAUGGAUAAGGAGUUACGGGCAGUCCGCAGUCCGCCGCUGUUGCCGCAAUCGAAUCCCCCUCUGUUCGAUGGGAAUCUCUGUCCUGAGAUUAUCCCCAUUGGACAUUUACUAGUUCUGAUUGACCUGGCUUCUUUCCAUCCCCUCUACGUCCAACAACAGCCUAUUUACUCGGUCUUGCCCCGACUCUGCGAUGAGAUGACCAGCGACCCUCUCCGCCCGGGCCUCCAUCCGCUGUCGCAUCUCAAGGCUGGCCCAACGACCUCCAGCACGAAGUCGACAGCCUUGCCGGUUUCCCCGUCGCUACCUUCAUUUGUUCCGUCUCCGACGCGACCCCAGCUGUCUAAGCAUGCCAGUCGCGAGGAUCCGGUCAAUGCGACGAGCGACAAGGCGACUGUCGCUCUGAUCCGACGCGUCCUAUGCCCCCAAACAAACAGCCAUGGCGGAGUCUCCACCCCUCAGCCCCCGGAAGACCUGCUGCCCCCGCUCACGAGCUCGAACGAAGUGGAUCGCCAGUUGUACGCUCUUAUCGCCAUCAUAGUCAAGGAGUUUGUAUCUACCUGGUAUUCGAAAAUCACGCCGGAUCAGGCGCUCGUCAGCGAGGUCCUCCAGAUCAUCGCGCAUUGCACCCGUACCCUCGAGCAGAGAUUACGCGACACCGAUGUUGCGCAGCUGGUUCUUGAUGAAAUUCCCGCGCUGAUUGAGACGCAUAUAGUUUCCUACAGACUCGCAAAGCAGCAGUCUGAGUUGUCGGAUAUCUCUCCCUCACUCCGCGAGAUCUAUCAUACUCUGAACCCGCACCCGGGCCUGUCGCCGGUCCCUGACCCGUCGGAAGCUCAGGCUAUUGCGCAGCAACAAGCGAACGAAUCUGUAUAUCGACAGCUAUUAGUGCAAGGGGUAUUGGCGGUGCUUCUGCCGUCGGAGGAUCUGGAGAAUGCUUGCGUGCGGGCUCUAGUAGGGGAUAUCAUGGCGGACCUCGUUCUGGGUAACGCAGUUGCCGGGAAAAUAAGCGAAGGAUGGUUCUUGUGGGAAAGUAUCACAAAGGUGAUUAACAUGGCAGGGCGAGAGGAGCCUGAGGGAGAUGCAGCACCAGCAGCAGGGGUACGCCAGCGAUCGCAACUCCACGAGUACGGCCUCCUCUCCUCCCGGGAAGAGCAUACGUCGUCCCCAACGCAGGUGCCAGUCCCCGACUGGGUCUGGCAAGUCCUACAAUAUGGCUACAUGGUCUACGUGACCCUACGUUUCAUUGUGAUCGGCCUAUUUCGCGUUGCAUCGGCCCCUCCGGCGACCUCGUCCCUGACAUCUUGCCCUCCAACCAGCGCCGUCAACGAGGCACCCACUACCCCUCGGAAGCGCCCUGUGCUGAACUACCGGCUGCCUGGCAUGCUCUCACAACUGAUGGAUAUACCCCGGCGGAUGCCGUGGUUGGGGGGAUUUCUGGCCCUGAUUCAGUACUUGAUCCUGGCAGGUCCAGGCAGAUUGGGGGACACCGAUAGCGUUCUUGAUAGGUUCUUGUACGAAACCAUCCAGGAUCAUGUCCUCACCCCCGCCCUGUUGCCAAACCUGCUUCUGGCGAGCCGGGCGGCGCUUUUCCCUUUGAACGCCCGUCCAGCGUCCACGGCGGCAGACGGUCGUACCGCGGCAUCGGCUCCGCAGCUGUCCGUGCAACCCCCAACGCUCCCCUUGGAGAAAGGCCCUGUUAGCGACACCGCUGGCGCAAGUGACGCCUGCAGUAGCGUCUCGACGGCUGGACUCUCAGCGACAGCGCCCUUAUCGCCGGACCCGCGGGCUUCCACGCCCGACGUCGCUUCCAUCAAGCGACGCUGCGCGGCCAGCAUUCUGUCCCGGGUGCCUCGCCCAAUGGCGCGUCGAUUCUUCGGCGUCCCGGCUGCCCCGAUCGAGCACCAGCCGUCGUCCCAACGCCAAGAGCAGCCGAGCAGCGCUCCCAGGCUGGAAUCGCCGUGGCUGGACUCCCCCCGACCGCCAUCCAUCGCCUCACUCGCCGAUUGCGGCCUAGAAGAGUCACUCCUACUCGCCGCCGUCGAGGACGAGGUUCUCGAUCUUUUCGCCGACGACUAUUGCAACAAGCAUCUGAUUUAUUCCAUCAUAGAAGCCGUCCUCAGCAAGCUCCUUCCGGAGUUGUCUGCGCGCAGUGUCGCAGAGCUAAUGGAGGACAGGGGGGUGCGCCAGGCCUUGAAUUGA